AUAUAUAUAUAUAUAUAUAUAUAUAUAUAUAUAGAUAUAAAUAAAUUAUUAUUCGAUAACAAAUAUCUCGCACAUUAUUAAGUUAGGAAGAGAGAUAAGAGACAUUUGCAAAAAAAAGAUAAAUGUUACAUGAUUCGCGAGUCUACAUUAGCAUCAAGUAAUAAUCUCGCGUAGUAUUUACUGUUUAUUGUUGACACUUUUUAAACAGCAAUUUACCAAAUGUCAAAUCCAAAGAACAAGUUCAAUUUGACACUACCUGGUUCGAUAGAACAGAUACCAGCAUCACCAUCAUCACCGGUCCCACCUUUACCCACCUACUCGGAACCUCCAGUGAUACCAGAUGGUGUAAUAAGUGGCAUAGAGACUAUUCAAGAGAGAUUAGAGGAAUUAGAAAUGGAUGAGGAGCAGAGAAAACGACUAAAGAGCUUUCUAGGACAGAAAGAAAAAGUUGGAGAAUUAUGCGAUGAGGAUUUUGAGAAGCUAGGUGAACUGGGUGCUGGUAAUGGUGGUGUUGUUAUGAAAGUCAGGCAUAAAAAGUACGAUCUUAUAAUGGCAAGGAAGUUAAUACAUUUGGAAGUAAAGCCAGCUAUUAAGAAACAAAUAAUCAGAGAAUUAAAAGUACUUCAUGAAUGUAAUUUUGCACAUAUAGUUGGAUUUUAUGGUGCUUUUUACAGUGAUGGAGAAAUUAGUAUAUGUAUGGAAUAUAUGGAUGGUGGAUCAUUAGACUUAAUAUUGAAAAAAGCAGGACGAAUUCCAGAACCUAUUUUAGGUACAAUCACAUCUGCUGUUUUGAAAGGCUUGAAUUACUUGCGAGACAAACAUGCCAUAAUGCACCGCGAUGUAAAACCAAGUAAUAUCUUAGUUAAUAGUGCGGGCGAGAUCAAAAUCUGUGACUUUGGCGUUUCCGGUCAACUGAUCGAUUCGAUGGCCAAUUCAUUUGUCGGGACACGAAGCUAUAUGUCGCCGGAGAGACUCCAAGGGACGCAUUACUCUGUACAGAGCGACGUUUGGUCACUCGGACUGUCGCUCGUGGAAAUGGCGAUCGGGAUGUAUCCGAUUCCACCGCCAGACGAGAAGACUCUAGCUUCGAUAUUUGGUCCCCCAUCGGCACAAUCGCCUGCGGAGAAUCCGGUGACGAAUAAUGUACCUACCCCGACUACGCAAUCGCCAGGACACAGCGCGAGCAGUCCAAGACCCAUGGCAGUAUUCGAGUUGUUGGAGUACAUAGUGAACGAGCCGCCGCCGAAACUGCCGUCUGGAAUAUUUAGCGACGCCUUUACGGAUUUCGUCGAUCGGUGCUUAAAGAAAAACCCAGCCGAAAGAGCAGAUCUAAAGACGUUAAUGAGUCACGAAUGGAUAAAAAAGGCUGAAUCAGAAAAGGUAGACUUUGCUGGAUGGGUGUGUCGUACGAUGGACUUAAAACCAACUACGCCAACGCAUUUAGCGAGUGUGCAAUCCUGAAUAAAUGUAACUCUUACAUACUUGACUACGUAUAUUCGCGUUCAGUAUUCCUAAGUCAUCUCUUAAUUUGUUUAAGUUUUCAUUCGAUCAAACGGUGGCGUAUAUCCAUUGCGUAUACUCAUUCAUAGCGAUUUUUUUAUAUAUUAUUUUAUAUAUUUUUUUAUAUAUAAAAUAUUUCAAGAUGCGCUAAAGUGAACGCUCUAUCGAAUUAAUUACUAUUGAGCACUAUGUAAAUUAAUUCAAGUGUUUAUCAAAGGAUUUAUCUAUGAAAAUAGUAAUAUAAAAUUGAUUGAUUGAUUAAUAUCACAUUAAGGUAUCUAUUUCCUUACUGUUCAUAAUUCGAUAUGAAUAUAGUGAGGAAACAGAAAUCUUAAAUCAUCUAUCUUGGUAAUUUUUUGUUUUUAUAGAGGAGAAAGAAAUGAUUAAUCAUGGGUCACGUAUAAGAGCAAUGAUAAUAUCUAAAACAUUAUUAUGAUAUAGAUGAAAUCUCUCUUGCCUAUUCUCGUGAACGAGGACGAAUCAUGUUUCAUUUGAAAUCUGCUCGCUUAGCGUAAGAUGUAAAACAUCGUUCAAACAAUUUGCACAUAGCACGCCACUGUGCCAAAUAUUAAUUUCUUUUUACUUUAUAUUUUUGUCUUUUAUGCUUAUGUUGAAAGUAUGUAAGAAAAAAAUUGCAAUAUAUAAGUUUAUUAUUAGAAAACUCAUGGGCAAAUUAUGUUCCCCGUGAUAUAUAAUUAGGAUACAUAAAUGAGCAUCGAACUUACGAACAUCUCGUUUGAGAGAAAAUUAACUAGAUCGAAUUACUUCUAUAACAUUUGUACCUGACACACAUCCAUAGGAACGUUAUUUACACAAUUAAAAAUUUCAUAUUAUAA